AACAACGAAGGUGAUACCGCACUUAAUAUCUCGGCGAGAUUCGCAAAUAAAAGACUCGUGAAGCUUCUUGUUGAUGCUGGAGAUGCGGAAGAUUAUAUUUUAGAAUUAGACUAUAGUACCAAAUUCUGA